AACGCGAAUUGGAACAAGACAUCAUUGGGUUCAAUACCUUCGACACAGUAACAUCUUCAGUCAGUUCGUAUAUAGUUUGCCAAUCUCCACUAGAACUAUAGCUACAGAAUGAAACUCUUCAUUGGUGCCCUCUCCCUGUGCCUGGUGGCCCUCGCAGCUGCCCAGUCGGCUGAUCCAGCGGGUCUGGAACCCUCGGCAGAGUAUCUGCCACCUGUUGGCGAUGCCGAGGCCGCUCAGCUCUCCGAGGAUGGCUACCGCUACAAGACCGUGCGACGAUUGAAGCUGCGCCACCGCCGCGAGGUGCCCAACCAGGAGUACCUGCCCCCUGUGGACAAUGCACCCAGCCAGGAGUACCUGCCCCCAGUCGACGCUGCUGCCAUUGGAGACACCAAAGUGGCCGAUGAUGGCUACCGCUACAAGACCGUCCGCAAGCUCAAGUUCCGUGCCCGCCACCGCCGUGAUGUGUCCGAGAUUGCCGAGCCCAUCAACGAGUAUCUGCCCCCCGUGGAGGUGUCGCUGGCUCCCGAGCUGAAGACCGUCCUGGGCGAUGAUGGCUACCGCUACAAGACCGUGCGUCGCCUCAAGCUGCGCCGCCACCGUCGUGAGGUCGCCGUCGCUGCCGAGGAGGCCUCCGCCGAGAGUGCCCCCAAUGGCGAGUACCUGCCCCCGGCCGAGGCCGCACCCGUCGAGGCUGAGCCCAAGGCUGCCGCUGAGGAGGGAACCGAGCUGGCCAAGGAUGGAUACCGCUACAAGACCGUGCGCCGCAUCCGGUACCGCCGCCACUAAGCUUCUGACUGGACACGAACUGAGGAAUAUUGAACCAAAUUGAUCCUGGAAAGUACACAGAGUAGAGCCGGGCUCCCGGCCCCAGCGCCCCUGCCCGGCUGACUCGACAGCAAUUUUCUACCCUCCUUCUCCCCAAUACACUACACAGACCUUCAAUUGUCCCAGCAUAUGGAAUAAUAAAAUUUAUUCACGAA